AUGGUGCGUGCGGGUAAGUUGGCGGCUGGCGAAAGCGAGGCGGUCCUGGCGCUCGGGAGCCGCACUACAACCUUGCACCCUGAGCUCAAGAGGCAUCGCGCGUGGUGGAGAGAGAUAUUGAGCAAGAAUGUGCUCCGGACGCUGGCCGAGCGCGUCGUCUCCCCCCCUGCUGCUGAGAAGGGCCACGCUCCAACUUCACUCCUUGUCGACGGAGAACGCCACCCGCACGUGGAUCUCCUCGAGGACCUUGGUGCCUUCUUUACGGCCGGCGGCACCAUCGGUGGAGUCGGGGCAAGCGAGGUGGUUGGUGCCCUCGCGACGGUCGUGGGGGACGCGGUGGGCUCGGACCUGGAAAGCAAGGAGCUCGCAGCCAUCAUGUGA